AUGUUUGGUUUGCUUUGUUUAACAUUGCUCUCAACCGUAUUAGGCCACCAAUGUGGUGUAGGCGAGGAUUGGCAGCCUACAAUUCAUAAAUAUCCUCAUUCAGGCCGCCAGCUGGAAACAGGCCUAGACCGUGGUGCAGACCUAAAGCCACUUCGUCUCCACUUUGAGUAUUUGGACCUUAACAUGGACUCAUCACAAGAAACUAUCCUCAAGGAUCAAGUAAUGCCAGCAGUUAUGCACUGGUUUAACACUACCCUUAAGGUUUAUUCUUUCUCUUUAAUAUUAUUUUUUUUUUCAACCCCUUUUUAAUUAUAUUGCAAUUAUAAUAAUUUUAUAUAUAGAGGUUUCCUCUAUAUAGCGCUGAAAGUGCAGACAUUUUCCCAGGAGCUUUCCAAAGUUCGUCGGACCAAAUCGCUUUUUGGUCCGACCAAGGCAUUGAUUUGGUGCAACCAACCGAUAAAUUCCGAUCAGAAUUUAUCGGCCUUACAGCGCCAAACAUAGGAAACUUCUAUAUCCUUUAACAGCAAACUUAGUAGUCUCAAUCUCAGAAUGUAAUGGCGCAUCUGUACCUGCUGAUCACCAAUCGACAGGAAUUCCCGACACUGAUUUCGUUGUCUAUAUUACUGGAUCAGCUCAAGGAUCUGCAGCUGAAGUAGCUGUUGGUGGAACUUGUUUGCAAGACUCUGCAGGCAGAAAAAACCCACUCGCAGGGUCUUUUGCAAUCAAUACAGACGCCUUCUUUUCUAGUGAUACAACUUUGGCACAACAAAUUAUCAUUUCUAUGCAUGAGCUUACCCACGCUUUGGUCUUUUCCUCUGACCUUUUUAGCGAUUUUACAGACUCAAAUGGAGACGCUUAUGCAAGUGAUGGAGUUGUAAAGACCGUUACCCUAUCAGAUAGGUCAAAAACUGCGACCAUAGUAACUCUGCCUAAUGUUUUAUCAGAAGCUGCGGCAUUCUUUUCAUGUAACGAACUUGAAGGACUAGAGCUAGAAGACUACGGCGGGACUGGGGUUGCAGGAAACCAUUGGGAAGCUAAAAUUGUCAGAGAAGAUUACAUGACAGCAGAAAUCCCUGACCCCCCCCCCCCCUCCGUGAGCGAACAAAACCAUUAGAAAAAUCGCCAUUUUUUGACCAAAAACCCACCCUCCGUGAGUGAACAAAAAUAUUUUUAAUAGAAAAAAUUUUAAUAGAAAAAAAUUUUGCUAUAUAAGUGAUAAUUAGUAUAAUGAAAUCUAGAGCUAAUUCUGUUUAAUUUUAAACAAAUUGCGUUUUAAAACAUAAAUUUUGCAAAUUAAAUUAGUAUUUGCUUCCCAAUUUUUGCAAAUUAGGAUUUUUUUUAAAUUUCGAAAAAAAAAUAUUUUUUAUAAAAUUUAUAUAUAAAUUGUUUUUAAAAAAAAAAUUAACCCCCCUCCGUGAGUGAACAAAAAUUUUUUUGUUCGCUCACGGAGGGGGGGGGGGAGUGAGCAUCCAGCUUUAUCUGCUUUAACUUUAGCUCUAUUUGGAGACUCAGGCUGGUAUUCUGUUGAUACCAGCAGAGCUCAGCCUAUGAUUUGGGGUAAAGACGAAGGCUGUGACUGGGUCAAUAAGAAAUGUAUUGUUGAUGGCACUCCCUCAGACGGCUUCUGUAUAGACGAUACUAAUGAUGAUUGCGAUUUCUAUUCUCUAGGUAAAGGUAAAUGCAAUCUUAAAGAAUAUGACGCUGAUCUUGAUACACCUUAUCAGUACUUUUCGGAUCUGAAGAAAGGAGGAAGUGACGCAUACUCAGACUACUGUCCAACAGUGAAGGCUGACAAGACUAAAAUUUGCACUGACCCAAACACUAGUGUUGAUAGUAACUAUGGAGAAGUUGCAGGAUCUAGCAGCAGAUGCAUGAAGUCAAGCAUUGUUAGUAGCAGUCUUGGUGAAAGCCCUACAGAUGCUCCAAGAUGCUAUGAGGUAAAAUGUGAGUCUGACAAACUAUAUGUAAUUAUUGAUGGCACUAGUUAUGAAUGCGCAUAUGGCAAUACUUUAACGGUUUCUAAUUAUGAUGGCUCCAUAACCUGCCCACAAGUAGAGACUGUGUGUGGAAGAACUCCUUGUCCUGAUUUCUGCUUUGGCCAAGGUACCUGCUCAAAAGGUGUUUGUACUUGCGAUGAUGGGUUCGCAGGCACAAGCUGUAGUGUCAAAUGCGAUUCCAAGUGCAAAACUUGUGAUGAGUCUGCAACUAGCACUUGUCUUUCCUGUUAUGAUACAGCUGAGGUGCAAGAUGGCACAUGCGUCUGUCCAAGUGGGUAUGAAUUCGACGCAGUAAAUAAAGUGUGCAAAGAAGAAUCAACCCCUAUAACUGGAUGUGCAGAUAGUUGCAAUGGAUGCGCCACCGAAACGACUUGCGAAGCUUGCUAUGAGGGCGCUUCAUUAGACACAGAAGGCAAUUGCAAAUGUGAUAAUAGUGACAAGACCUUUAACCCUGACACCAAGAAGUGUGAGUUUACUUGUGAUGCAAUGUGCAAUGGCUGUGUCUCAAAUACAGAGUGUGAUAGUUGUUAUGAUACAGCAACUAAAAAUACUGAAGGAUUGUGCGAGUGUCCUUCUAAAACUGUUUGGAACUCAGGGGAAAUGAAAUGUGAUUCAUGCGCUGCUAACUGCACUGACUGCUCUGCAGCUAAUGUCUGCACCACAUGUUCUGAUGCUAACGCUGGACCUGUCGAAGGAAUAUGCAGAUGCAAUUCAAGGUUCUAUUUAAAGGAUACCACCUGUGAAGGUAAUUUUUUACAUAGCUUGUGGAGAUAAUGCAAAAGAAUGUGACGCUAAUGGAGCAAUUUCAUGUGACGACAACUAUUUCUUAUAUAAUGAUGGAACUACCAAAACUUGUAAAUGUAAGAGUUAAUUUAGCUUGCUCUGCAUCUUGCAAUAGCUGCACUUCAGAUCCUGAGUGCUAUCAAUGUGGAGCUCAAGGAACCACAAGUGGGUCGACUUGUGCAGAUGUCUCAGUUGGGUAUAAAUCAAAAUUCAGCAAUGGAAUUUUGACGAUUACUUUUGCAGAAGACUUGUCAAAGACUUUAACGAAGAAAAAUUUCCAGAUCUCUACUAGUGGUUCGACAAUUGAUACAUCGUCAUGGACUUUGACAAAGGUGUCAGAUAAGGAAUAUACCAUAGAGACAAAUUUGAAGAAGAGUGACUUGCCGAUUUCAGUCGUGCUUGAUUUCAAUCAAGAAUAA